CGAAGCUGUAGCUUGCAGUAAGACGCUAGAAGUGCGGGUUGCUUUGUCGAAACUUCCUCAUUUUCUGUGUGGUCUUCGACAGCGACGGUUCUGCGUUCCUGUGCUCCCGGUACAGUGUCUUGUAAGUCAAACGUGUUUGUGCGUGUUUUUUACGUGUGUAUUUGUGUAUGUGUGUGUCUGUGUGUAUGGACCAGAAAUAUUAAGCUUUUGUGCAGUGCGAUACGAGUGCGUUAAAUAUUGACAUUUUUGGCCGGUGGCGGCUGGCAUGGAAGAACCGAAGCCACAACGCAAGUGCCGAAAUCUAUGCAACUUUUGCUCGCUUAUGUUGCCCGCCAUGGAAGGCCAGGAAGGGUUUGUGGUAGAGCAUACGCCAGUGGACAUGAGAAUACCGGCCGGCCAGCAACUGUGCAGUUUUACGAACGUGUGCUUCUGUUGCGGUAAGCCGGCGGGCGCUGCGGGAAAGGCGCCAAACGAGCAGCAGCAGCAGCAACGAGCGCCGGUUAAGCUAUCCUACGCGGAGGUCACGAAGCGCAAACCAGGUGCAGAGCACUCAAAACCCAUCGAACAGCAGGGUCUGUUAGCUCAAGCUAACAAACCAAAAAAUCAGAUGGAGGUGAAGAGCAGCGAUACCUCAGCUAACCAACCGGAAGCCGGAUCAUUAAAAUAUCAGCAGAAGACUCCAGAGCGCAAUGUAGAGCCUGCCCCAACUGGUCAUCUCGGGGCCGAAUCAUUGCAGUACCAGCGAAGCGUUGGUGGAAAGGUGGUGGAGAAUGUUGGUCCUCCCGAACAUCAACAACCGUGUGUCGCUCAGCAAUAUCAGAGACAAAACUCGGGUUCACAACCUGCCCAGCACUGGCCCCGUUACACCAACCAGCAGCCCGAUGCGCAUGCUAAUUACUAUCGCAAGUCUGCUGGCGGUAAGCAGCCAAACCAUGUCGGCAAUGCUUAUGAGGGGCGUGCUGACCAACGGUCGGGUGAAAAGAAUUUUGCCCGAGCUGAUCAUCUGGGAGCCGCAUCAUUGAAAUACCAGCAGGGCGCGGGUAACAAUAUGCAUACAGCAAACGUCGCUCAAAGAUCCAAGGGACGUAACAUGAACAUGGGUCACCCUGGCCAACAGUGGCAUGCGUACACCAACCAACAGCCCGAGAGACGUAAUGCGGACGGAAAUUGGUAUCGAAACGCACCGGUCGGCAACCGGCCGAAUCUUGGCGGCAAAGCUAAUGAGCGGCCCCCGUGGCAUGGUGCCCCACGGACACAACCAAAACAUAUGUCUACUCCAGCUCCCAAACCCGCUGGUGAACAGCAAACAAACAACAGGCACGGAAAGCAGCAGCACAGUUCGAAACCCAAUGGGCCUGCAGCUCAACAAGAACGCAUGUGGCACGAGGAAAUGAUACGGCUUAACCCGGCGCCGCAGCAGCUCGAUCCGGCAAGGACAUGGUUGCGAAACAUUAAGAACGUAAACACAUCGGUCCCGAAGGAACACGAGCAAGAGGUGGAGGAAGCGAUUGCUCGGCUAGACCAGACGCGCCAGGAGGUGCAGGCCGCAUCAUUGAUACCGCAGCAGCCCGUAAAGGAGAAAUGUUACCGAAUGGAUACCAUUUCGGACGAUGAAUUACAGGCGAUAAGGGAGAAGCUGGACAAGCUGCAGCAGUUGCGGCGCGAACAGAUGCAGCCACAGCCAUUGGCCAAAGAAGCUGUAGGCUGGCGGGACCGGACGCACCAAGAGCUGAUGGCGCAACAAUCGGGACAGCAGCCAAUAAUGCGGGAGAGAGCUGGGGACCAGCAAGAACGGUCGCGGCAAGAGCUAAACCCGAUGCAAACGAUGGGCCAACAGCAGCCAACGCCCACGGAGCUAGCUAUCGCACAGCAGUAUCGCUCGAUUCCGGACGGACAACAGCAAAUGCAGUUGCAGCAGCCAAUGCCCGCGGCAGACAGGGGCAACCAGCUGCAACCAAUGCAGCCUAAUGCGGAUGUCCAAGAACUGAUGCGACAGCAGAUGGAACGGUUUCGAAUACUGCAGCUUCUGCCAACAUCGGAGGCGCAAGAAAAGCAGCGCCAUGAGAUACUAGCGCACCAGUGGGAGUUGGAGAAAAAAAUAUUUUCUCCGGAGCCGCCUCAUCAGUUGAUGCCGCUGCGGCCGAUGGCGUGUCAGAUGAUGCCUCAGCAACGCAUGUCACGCCCGUCGAUGCCGCACCAGCCGAGACCACUGCAGCCAAACUUGCCGCAACCCAUGGCACAUCAGAUGCUGCCCCAACAGCGUAUGCCGCAACCGCAUGUCACGCACCAGUACAGGCCGCCACAGCCUAUGAUGGACCAGGCCAUGCCGCGUCAGUCGAUGCAGCAACAGUGCAUGCCCUUGCAAACCAUGCCGCAACAGGAACGUCAGAUGAUGCCCCAGCAACCUAUGGCACAACCGAUGAUACAACAGCAGCCGAUUUAUCAGCAGGCUGCCUCGCAACAGCCCAUACCACAGCAAGCUACGGGAUGUCAGCAGAUGCCCAUGUCUUACCAACCAACGCCGUAUCAGACGGCGCAGGCACAGCAACGCAUGCCGCACUACCCAAUGCCGCAGCAACCCGUGGCACAAAACCUGGUGUCGGGGGAUGCGUCUCAGCCGCACCAGGCCAGGCUCCCAUACACCAACCGUCUGGUCGAGCCAUCAUACGGCGAAUGGCGUAAUUCUACCGUAUCGCCGCGCCACACCAGGCUCCCAUACACCAACCGUCUGGUCGAUCCAUCAUACGACGAAUGGCGUAAUUCUACCGUACCGCCCUCACACCCGGAAUCGUAUGGAACAAACGGACAACUGGUGCCUGUGCAGCAGGCACGUCCUGUAGAUCAGAUGCAGGAUCGCAGACCGGCAGUACCGUAUGAUGGUAGCCCCAUGAAUAUCUACGCACAACACGGAUUGCCGAUGGUUGAUGAUCGUCAACGUGCGGUUUCAUACUCCGGAAUGCAACAAAACGCCAUACAGCAAGCACCCGUAAACCGUCCGGCAAACAUCUACAAUCCCAAUUAGUCCGGAUCAGGGAAGCAAUCCUGGGAACGGCCUCUAAGGAGCGUGUCGAACACAUCAGACACACACAUUCGAUCCUGCUCCUGUUAGCUGUUUGAUGUACUACGUUCCUGCUGCCAUCUUUUAGCUGACAUCAACUGAAACUAAAUUGCUGUAAGAAUAUAAAUUCGUACAUGACAUUUGUUUGCAAAUAGAAAGAGAGGUAUAGAGCAAAGAAGAAGAAGAGAGAGAGAAAAGGAGAGAAAAGGAGAGAAAUGGAGAGAGAGAGAAGAGUUAAAAAGACAUAUCCAGAAAAAAGAACAUUUAGGAGCUUUCUCAAACAUUUCAAGAGCUAGUGUCUGCUUUCCAAUUUAUGUCUGACUACCAAUUGAUUUUUUCCGAAUAAUUUCAUUAGAUAAAAAUUGACUUCUUGUAGGAGAAUUGGAGAAUACGGAGAAACUAGCCACUUUCUUAAUUGCUUGAAUGGAAUUUCUUGAUAAUAGGCUAGUUUUUUCCUGAGGAAUUAUAGCUCUUAUAUAGAUGGACACUUGGUAGCAGCUUGAUUUUUUGCUGUCCUAAUUAGAAUUUCUUGAUGAUAGAUGAGUAUGGCAGGACUUCUCUUACAUUGAUAGACACUUGGUUGGAGUUUGUUUUCUUGAUUAAAAUUGCUACAUACAUUUCACAACUUGAUACUUCGUAUGCAGCUGCAUACAGAUUGCUUACAUUCAGUUUUAAUCAUAAAACAUAUUAUACAAUUAUAUUAGAAUUAUAUGGAACGGUUUGGAAAACUAAUGCAAGACAGGGGACAUAUUUGGGGCAAGAAAAAAUUUCCAGUACUGCGCUCUUUUAUAAGAUCUUAUCUACGACAUCCAUCAUCAUCUAGCGUCUGUAGCAUCUAGCGUACCUUGAAGUUGCGCCGCAUAAUCUCAUCCUUACACAUCUUUGAACGAUUUUGGCCAAAAUGUACGGCCAAAUGUGUCCUCAGUGUUGAAAGUUUCGGCAUUCGAGGAGGUAACUUUUUUCUGUUCAAAAUCGUAGUACUGUUUGUUUUUUUUUUUUUUUGUUUUGUCCCAUCAUUCGAAUUUUCCAGCAUAAUUAAGUAACCGCGACAAUAUGGAAGGAUAGUUAAAAUAGAAGCUGUUCAGCGUAGAUUAGUGAAACAGCUGAUAAUAUGGUUAAUAUGGAUAAUAUGGAUAAUAUGGAUAAUAUGGUCCUUACUACCGGACUAGAGGAUUAUCUUUUGGACUUUGUUCGUUCGUUCAUGGAAUCGUUAGAGCUUAUUACCGGUGUUAUUGACGUUCUGAUCCUUGCAUAUCAAAUAAAUAAAUUGAUUUAUCAAUCAAAAUCAAGCCAGGAGCUAGGAAAACUAGUUAAAAAUAAUAGCCGAAGCAAAAUACUCCAUUACCCAAUUCGGGUUUCAACGAGGCCUUUCAUCUGUUAAAUAACUACAUAGACUACAUAGACUCUAAAAAGCCGUCUACUAAACUGCAACAUUAAAACAUAAACCGGAUUCUCGAAAUAGACUUCAAAACAAAUUAAUCGAGAGUAUUUAAAAGUUUGAAAAUUUGAAGAGAAUUGCCACUGGUGGCUUUCAAAAUCGGCCUACUGAGAUCAAAAUCUUUGCUAUGCUAUUCAUUUUGUAAUGAGCGACAAUCAUUCCGGAGAGCGAACGAAACCUACUUUUAUGAGCUUGAACUGAACACUAUAAUGUAUAAGUAUAAGAAUUUACUGCUUUAUAAAUCGAAUAGAGUGCACAUUAUGCUUAAGAUAUCAAACAUUUUCACACUAAUCUUUCGUAAGACCGUUUUGUUCUAUAUGCGUCACCGAUCUAGGCCAACUUCAAGUACUAAAAAAAAUUGUUUAGCUAAAUUUUUGCUCCAGAACAACUUUACCACACACAACACUGAAUUUAUUUCCAACAACAUACAAUGAAAAAUUUAUCAACAAUCGACUGUCCUCUAAGAAUCAUGAAUUGGCUAACUUUUUCGAUAAACGACAAAUUGAAUUGGAUGAUUAUUGGACUUGUUUUUAUACCUACGCAGUUUGUAUAAAUCGACAGUCAAGACCCUCACAACGGAGGGACGGGUCCGGAGGGAUCGCCGGUGAGGGACCGACACAGCUGACGCCAACACCACCUGGCGUCAGGAAUAAUGUCAAAACCGAUCUCAAUUUUAAAUUCUAAAACUGUAAUACAAUAGAAAACGUUUAAAUAAACAUUUAA